AUGCAUUACUACCAUCAAUCCGGGCAGCCCCAGCCCGGCGGCUAUGGCGCCCCGCGCCCCCCUCAGCAUGGCUAUCAGCAACAGCCCGCAGGCUAUCCGCAGAUGCAUGGCUCUCCCGCGCCCGCGCCUGUUGCCGGCUCACCUGGCGCCUACCUCGCGGCACAGCAGCAGCACCACCCGCAGUCGUUCGCUCCUGCUCUUUCGCCGCCCCAGCCCCAGCCCCAGCGCUACCCGGCCCACCCAAUGGUCAUGAUUCCGCAGCGGUCACCUCAGCAGCACAUGAUGCAGCAGCCGCAACCGCAACUGCAGCAUUACCAACGCUACCCGCCUCUGCCUGCGCAAUACCCUGCGCAGCAUUCGCCGCCGCCUUACCACCCGCAUCGUCCGCAGCAGUCUCAGUAUUCACGUCCAAACCCCGUUCCCGUCCCUCAUACUGCUUCCCAGGCCGCCUCGCCUCCGCGCCAGCCGACAGUCCAAGUUCAGAUCCCUCGGCCAAACCCCGCCUCGCCGCCCCCCCUAAAUCCUCAGCAACUUUUGCUCUCGCUCGCAGAUGAGUAUAUCGCUGCUGCUCAUGCCAUGGGGCCCACGGUGGCUCUUUCGCGCCGACAGUCGGACGAAGACAAAUACUACAAGCUCAUGUCGACCGCUCUGGGCUGCUUAGAAGCUGCGAUCAAAGAAUCCCGCAUGAAUCCGCGGCAAGAGGCUAUGACGAUCCUGAGAUAUGCUACUCUGUUGCAUGAAGAGACGGACAAUAACUUUCAGACUGAGGAGUACCUGAGCCGGGGCAUUAGUCUCUGCGAGAGACACCACAUGUUGGAUUUGAAGUACACUAUGCAACAUCUCCUUGCCCGUUCUCUAUUCACAUCCAACCAUGCCGCUGCUCUGAAGUCCAUUGACAGCGUGGUUCGCUCCGCUGAAAUGUACCAGCAUAUUCCGUGGACUUACGCCUUCCGACUCCUACCUAUGUAUACCCUAAUCGAAGUCUCUACCCUGUCCGAGAAGUUGGGUGAUCAGGCCAUUUACGUUGCCAGCACCACCAUCCUGGCUAUGGUGUACUUGCGCCUCAUGAACCCCGACAGCAUCGAGCAAGCUCAGCGCUCCAUUGCGUCCGCAAGGAGCCUUCAAUUGCAAUUGACCAUGGAAGAACUUGGCCCGAUUGUGGCUCUGCUCGAUCUCAUCGACUUGGCGUGUAACCUGCAAAGCUACAAGCCCGACCAGGCUGUUGCUAAAAUGCGCGACCUGCAAGCUAUCAUGGAUAGCGCUGUGAACGGUGACAAUAGCAAAGACGACGGCACGUUCUCUGUACUUGUUCAUCGACCCCCCAGUGUGCAGCUUACUGGUACCACUGGCGGUAUCUUCCAGAGGAACGGAGAUGGUAGAGAUCGAUUGUCUUUGGCGUGGAUGAGAAAGAGGGAUCUAUGGAUGCUGGGAUACUACUUGAGCGGCGUGACUGCCCUGUUGAAGAAUCCUAUUGAGGACAAGGCCGAGAGCUAUCUGAAAGAAGGCCUUAAACUCACCAAAGAAAGUCUUGCCGCUCCAGAUCCCAAUCCCAUGUCGAUACACGGCGCAUCAGUCUGCAUGGAAUGGCACCGUGCGUUGGACUGGCAUUUCCGUCUUUACCAAUGCUUCAUGGCGUGCAACAAGGCAGAUUGGAAGACAGCCCGGACACACCUCACUGCUCUAGAUCAAGCUGCACCCAUGUUCUCGGAGGAUCGCAGGCCUUCAAUGAGCCGCUUUGCUAUCUAUCUCGAUGGAGUCAUAGAGCAAGGAUCCGGGAACACGCAGGCAGCGCUGGGCCACUUCCGCAUGCUCUGGGCGACGAACGUGACACCCAUGCAGCAUACAGCCCAGUCAGAUCUCAGCAUCCUGGCUAUCAUGAAUACCUUGUUGAUAAUCCGCUCGCCAUCGCACCCGAUGCAUGCAGACGCGGAGGGGCUUUUGCAGAAAAUCGAAGGACAGACUCUAACGCAUCCAAACCUGUCGAUGAGAUCGGCCUGCCAGUUGCUGAAGGCAACGACCAAAGGUAAGGACUCAUCGAUUGUCAAGAUGAAGCAAUGCAUCCAGCAGGCACUUCACGCAGCAAAGGCUGUAGCAAACAACCAGCUGCUUUCGAUUUGCAUGAACUACAUGACGGCGGCCUUUUUCACCAACAUCAUUGGUGAGCAGACGGAAAAGAGUGCCAAGGCAGGACGGGUCCUGGCAAAGAGAGCUGGGGACCGACUCUGGCAGUGCGUAGCUGACAGCAUGUUGGCCGACACGUACGAGAAGCGAGGAGAUGUGCAGCAAGCCUUCCAGCCACGGCAGGAAGCAGAAGCUCUGCUACCUUAUCUCCCUGCACCUUUAAGAGAGCCACGCUAG